GCUUGGGCCACUGCUGGCAGCCGCACGCAUCACCAGCGCUGCGUCGACGGCGUACGCAGACGCAGGGCGGCCUUCGUCGCGCGGCGACGCGUUUCGGGCAGCCUGAACACGGGGGGCGUGCUGUGUCCAAUUGGAGACAGCUGGAACAGGGCCAGUGCGCUUGUGCAAUCAUGCGGGACGCAUAGAUGGCCAGCCGCCGCCGCAGCAUCCGCGUCGGCGUGCGCCUGCGGCCGGCCGACGGUGUGGCCGCCUGGCGCGUCGACGGCGCCGCCGUCGUCGAGUGCCCGCGCGCGGACGCGUACGCCUCGCAGCAGCGCGCGCCGCGUGUCUUCCGCUUCGACGACGUCUUUGAUGUGCGCGCGGACAACGCCGCCGUCUACGAGCAAGUCGCGAAGGACUUCGUCGACGACGCGCUGCGCGGCAACAGCGGCGCUCUCAUCGCCUACGGCCAGACGGCGUCCGGCAAGACGCACACGAUGCAGGGAACGCCCGAGUCGCCCGGUCUGAUUCCCCGCGCCGUCGUGGACGUCUUCAAGACCCAUCAAAGGUGCCGCGUGUCCUACGUCGAGAGCUACAACGAGCGCGUGCGCGACCUGCUCGGCGACGCCGACGAUUUGAGGGUUCUGGACGGGGGCCCGGUGGGCCGCCGCGAAGUGGACGUCGCGUCGGUCGACGCCGUCUUCGCCGCGAUCACGCGGGGCGAGCGGCGGCGCAGCGUCGGGGAGACGGCGUACAACGACAGGUCGUCGCGGUCGCACGCGAUCCUCACACUCACGUUAGCGAACAAUGCGAUCCUUACGUUCGUGGACCUCGCUGGCUCAGAAGCGACGGCCUCGGCCGAGGGCCACUGCAUCAACCGGUCGCUCCACGCGCUGGCGCUCGUGAUUGCCAAGCUGGCCGACGGUCAUGGAUAUGUGCCGUACCGCGACUCGAAGCUGACGCGGCUGCUGCGGCCGGCGCUAUCCGGCCGCGUUACGCUCGUUUGCACCGUGGCGCCGGACGCGGGCGAGGAGACGACGAACACCUUGCACUUCGCACGGCGGGCGACGCGUGUCGUCCAGGCGCCGGUGCCGCGCGCGUCGCCGCUGGUCGCGCGGUAUCGGCAGCAAAUGGACGCUUUGCAGACGGAGCUACAGGCGCCACACGAAGUGUUGCCGCCGGAGCCGCCCGCGCGCGAGGGCGUCCGCGAGGCCAUCGCGGACCUCGAGCGGCUCAUCGUGGCGCCGGUAGUGGUCUCGGCGACGCCCGCCCGCCGCCGCGGGAAGUCGCUGCCCCCCGCGCGGACGCUCUUCUUUGAGCCGAUCGACGACGAUGACGACGGCGCCGCGUCGCCGGAGCGCCUGCCGCCGCGCGCCGAGUCGCCGUGCUCGCCGCCGUCGAGGUCCUUCCCCGCCACCGGCGGCAGGUCGCACACGGCCGCCGCGGACCCCAGGUCACCCGAAAUCCCGCCGUCGACGCCAUCCGCGCCUACUGAUACGGCCGCGCUCCGCGAGGUGCAACGGAAGCUCCAGGACGCGCUCGCCCGGUCCGAGCCGGACGAGAACCUCUUUGCCGCCGCAGAGGUCCUGGAGCGCCUCGACAAGUCGGAAGCCGAGAACAAAGUUCUCAAGGCCAAGCUCGCGCGCGUGUCGACUAUAUUGGCAGCGCGGGAGCGGGAGCUCGUGAAGAUGAAGGGUUUGGCAUCGCCGGAGGAUGAAACGUUUUGAACUAAUGUGUGUGUGCUA